CUUCAGUAAUAUCCACCGUUCUCCUAUUCCUUUUGAUGCUCCAGCCCUGAACCUUCCUCAGGAAAACAGCCACAUGAUUUAUUUGGGAAUCUCAGAUUAUCUCUUCAAUACAGGCAGCAUGGUUUAUCAAGAAGCUGGUCUCAUGAACUUCUCCAUCACUGAUGACAUGAUUCUCACAGACUUUGGUAUCCAUCUGAGCACCAAGUUAUUCAAAAAUCUGAUUCCCAGGCUGGCUACAGACUAUCCCAAUAUGCAGAUGGGGUUUCAAGUGUUUCCUGCUGCAUUCCCGAUCCUGAUCUUCAGUCCUGGGAACAUGACAAUUAUACUAAAGAUACAUGUGGAGUUCUUCGUCAUUUUACCUGGUGACCUCCUCAAAUCUGUCUUCUGGCUUAGUGUGACCACUAAUGUCUCAGCCACUGUGAGACUGACAUCUAAUAGGAUCUCUGGAUACAUUCAUUCAAAAAUGUAA